CAAAAUCAACCGUAAAUCAACUCUAAUCCCUGCGUGCGCUGCCAUUUCUGCACCGCCCCCUACGCCCGCCUCUGCAUCCAGGUGUGUCUCCCCUCCCCUUUUCUUCUUCUCCAUCUUCUGCCCGACAGUCCCAUCUAUGUGGCGGCUAGGGUUCGGCUAUGGCCGAAUAGUAGACAACUAGUGGCUGCGGCCGUGAUGCUAUGGCUAGAUGUGCGACCGGAGAUGCUACUAAUGCUGGGGUGGUUGGGGACCUGGGGUCGUGCCGAUGUUCGGGCUCUUUGAUAGAGGUUUCAACCGUGAGACGCGGUGGUGCGGCCAAAUUUUGGCGGCGGCUAGGGUUUUCAGGCAGGGUUCUGCACUUGGGGACGCUAGGGAGGGGGCUGGAGAGGGAGGCCCGCUUAGGCUGGGUAGUUGGGGCGGGAGGCUGAGGCCGGGGAGGGGGCGGCACUGGCGGUCACCAGAACUCACGCGACAGUCACCUAAGGGGCUAGGUGGCUGUCCCAAUGACCAGUGCCGUCACUGGGAUAUGUGUAACUGUUACUGGUCGGGGUCAGCGGUGGUCAUUGUGGUCACUAGCUGUGGUAGUCAAAGGACGCGGUGGUCACUAGCGGCAGUGGUCCCCUGACCGACUGUGUUCACAAAAGUGAAGUAUCACUUUUUUGUUCAGUUACAAGCUAUGUAGCAUCCAUACAUACAUACAUGAUACGGGUACGCGGAGACGUCGAAACAGCAGCCAAGAAAACUAGGCUAAGAUACAAGGGUAUAUUUAUAAAUAUUUAACGUUAUGGGGUGGUUUUGAAAAUAUUAAAAAUUAUGGGAGUGUAUUUAUAAAUAUUAAAAAUCACAGGUUUUUUUGGGAAAAUAUAUACAUAUAUAAUCAUAUGAACCCUGCUCAUUCAUGGCAUUGAAGGCUCAAGAUAGUUAGAAAUAAAUUCAUAUUUUAUCUCAUACUACCUAUAUACUAGUGCAUCUCAAAAUAUACAUGUAGUCAAUAAUUUAUUAAUUAAUCUAAAAUGACAAACGAAUCAAACAAACAUAAUUUUGAAAUUACAAGUGAAAGUACUCAAAGUUCUUGGAUAAUGGAGAUGAAAACAAUACUCUAAUAAAAAAACUAAAAGUUCUAAUACAUAUUUCCAUAGGAGCUAACAAUUUUCAGAGAUAACAUCGUCUUAAAAAAAGACAGCUUCCAAUUCUAGUUCACUUACGGAAAGUUUGGUGAAUUCAAGUACUCCUUUAUCCUCCAUGCUCCCAAAUCUUCACCAACAUCCCACAUUUUACUUGUCGUCCAUAUACUUAGUUGUGUGUUAGGGUUAAAUUUAUUUUUAGUUUUUCAUUUUUCAAGAAUUCUAUCAUGUAAAUUUUGGGUGUUUUUUAAAAAAAAGUUGAUACGUUUAUCAGUCAGGAUACAAGUAUCCGAAAUUUUAAAAUAAUUACCAAAAAAGUUGGAAACUUUUAAUAAAUUACAGAUACGGCUCGGGAAUGUACGGUACAUGUAUCCUAGAGUAUCUGAUACGGGAACAUUUCCGAUACACCGAUACGGUAUUCUAGUGAAGUAUCCGUGCUUCAUAGCUUACAAGGGUUUGUUUUUUACAAUAGGAAUAAAAAAUAUGUAAGGUGACAUCCUAGCCAUAGUUGUCACCUUUGUUCACUUUUUGCUUUAAAAUAGUUUCAUCUUCUCAACUUCUAUCUCCAUCGGAUAAUUUUUUGGGGGAAUUUGACUUUGCACACCACUUUUUGAAUGGUAUUGGACUUUGCAACCCAUUUUCAAAAAACUUUGACUUUGCACCCCAACACAUACCAUAUUGUGAAGAAAAAUUUCUAAAUGGGGUGCAAAGUCAAAGGAAUUUUAAGUGGAAUGAGGUGCAAAAUCAAAGUUUUUUAAAAAUGGGGUGCAAAGUCCAAUAUCACCCAAAAAGUGGGGUGGAAAGUCAAAUUCCCCCUAAAUUUUUGUUCUAGAUAUCCACAAGGAGUUUUAUUAUGGUGUUCAUGUUAUAAAAUCCAUUGCUUUGACCUGUUGUUCUUGUUCAUAUUAUGCGUGUGUGCAAGUAAAUUCGUUUAUUUAUUCUUGAAUUUAUAAAUAAAGUCGUUGGAAGUCAUGGGGAGUGGGUGCUGGUCGCAAAUGACUGCACCUAUAGUCCUAUACAUACAUAUUUCAUGUUCAUAGUUUAUUUUUGUACUUCUAUUUCAUGUUCAUGGUUUAUUUUUGUUCUUCUAUUUCAUGUUCAUUGUGUUUUUUGUUCUUCUAUUCCAUGUUAAUGCUGUACAUAUGAAGAAUUAUGGAGAUAAUUGAUUUUGAAAUCCAUGUAGUGCUCUAGCAUUAAAGUAGUUUUGAUAUAUGAUAAUACUGUAAUUCAUAAAAGAUCUUCCAGCUGCUUUUCCAUUUACUUAUUUAGUAGCCUUCUACCUUCUAGGCAUGUACUACUUAUUUGGAAACUUUUUAAACAGAAUAAAGAUCAAUUCGAAUUCACAUAUUGUGAUAGCCUAGAAGAUCUAGUAAGGUGUAAUGAAAUCAUUGCCUAUCAACCAUCCACUGGAUUGCCCAAUUUGUAACCAAGCUAGAUUUUGAAUGUGAUCUUCAGGAUGAUUCUAUCGCUUUUGGAUCUGAUCACGGCACUUUUUGAAAUGGAAUGACGAGAUAGAUGGUUUACAAGAAUCCAGGUCCACUGGUCAAGACGGUUAUGACCUGGUACAAUCAGCGUACAAGGAGAUUUUAUGCAACAUCAAAUGUCGCAUAUGCUAAAUCAAGAGAUGUAUUGGCUACUUGGAGUAACGUAGAUCAGUUAACACAAGAAACUCACAGCUGGAAUAUUAUGGUCAUCAACUCUCAAUUGAAGGAACUGAUCAAGAAAGGACAUGUUAGAAAUGCUCGUGAGAUGUUUAAUAAAAUGCCACAUAGAGAUGAAGUCUCAUGGACCAACAUGAUUGCUGCUUACGUAAAUGCCUCUGAAUCAUUUGAAGCUCUAUCUCUGUUUCAUGAUAUGUGGGCCUAUACUGAUCUUCAUAUGGAUCCUUUCAUACUUAGCCUUGUACUAAAGGCUUGUGGGAUUAGUACAAAUGUUAAGUAUGGAGAACUUGUGCAUGGAUAUUCUGUAAAAAGUGGUCUUGUGAAUUCUAUCUUUGUGGGAAGCUCACUUCUUAAUAUGUAUAUGAAAUUGGGAAAAUUUUGGGAAGGUUGCAAACAGUUCGAUGAGAUGCCUAACAAGAAUGUAGUAUCUUGGACUGCUAUAGUGACUGGACUUGUUCAUAUGGGCUAUAACAAUGAGGCUCUGAUGUAUUUUUCUGAAAUGUGCGAAGAUGGAAUAAAAUACGAUUCAUAUUCUUAUGCCAUUGCAUUAAAGGCAUGUGCUGAUAUGGGGUAUCUGAAUUAUGGGAGGGAGAUUCAUACUCGGAUUGUGAAGGAAGGCUAUGGUGCAGGAUCUUACGUGGCUAAUAGUCUCUCCACAAUGUACAAUAAAUGUGGGAAUGUAAAGUAUGGAUUGUGCCUGUUCGAAAAAAUGAUUUUGAAAGAUGUGGUCUCUUGGACAUCUAUAAUCACAACAUAUGUCCAAAUGGGUCAAGAUGAGCUGGCAAUCCAAGCAUUCUUGCGAAUGAGAGACUCACACACGAGCCCUAACGAGUACACCUAUGCAGCAAUUGUUGCUGCUUGUGCUAAUCUUGCAAGACUUGAUUGGGGCGAACAACUGCAUUCCAAUGCAUUACAUUCAGGUUUUGUGGCAUUUCCAUCUGUGGGAAACUCAGUCAUGGCACUGUAUUCAAAAUGUGGGUUGUUAGGUUUAGCUUCCAUGGUGUUUAAUGCAAUGAACAAGAGAGACAUUGUUUCUUGGAGCACUAUUAUUGCAGGGUAUGCUCAAGCUGGACAUGGUGAGGAGGCUUUCAAUCUUCUCUCGUGGAUGAGAAGGGAAGGAACAAAGCCUACAGAGUUUGCCCUUGCUAGUGUAUUGAGUGUAUGCGGAAAUACGACCAGUCUAUAUCAAGGGAAGCAACUGCAUGCUCAUGUCCUUGCCAUUGGUUUAGAUCAGACAGUAUUGAUACACAGUGCUUUGGUAUCUAUGUACUCAAAAUGUGGAAACAUCAAAGAAGCCUCAGAUAUUUUUCAGAUGGCUCAGUGUAAUGAUAUUGUAUCAUGGACGGCUAUGAUUAGUGGAUUGGCUGAACAUGGUAAAAGCACAGAAGCUAUUGAUUUAUUUGAGAAAUCGUCUGAGGCUGGUUUGGAACCGGAUUCAGUAACCUUUGUUGGAGUUCUCAGUGCUUGCAGCCAUGCUGGAUUGGUUGAUAUUGGGUUUCAUUACUUCAAUUCAAUGAUCAAGGACUAUAAAUUAAGUCACUCUAAAGAACAUUAUGGUUGCAUGAUUGAUCUUCUUUGCCGAGCAGGACGUUUAAGUGAUGCAGAGAAUAUGAUAAAUAGCAUGCCAUUUGAAAAGGAUGAUGUUGUUUGGUCAACUCUCCUCAGGGCUUGCAGGGUGCAUGGUGAUGUUGAAUGUGGAAGACGUGCUGCAAAACAUAUCCUAAAACUGGAUCCUGACUCCGCUGGGGCCCAUAUAACCCUAGCUAAUAUUUAUUCUUCUAAAGGGAAGUGGAGGGAAGCAGCGGAGUUGAGGAAGCUGAUGAGGUCAAAAGGAGUCAUUAAAGAGCCCGGGUGGUCUUGGAUAAAACUGAAGACAAAGAUGUAUGCAUUUGUUGCCGGAGACAAAACGCACCCUGAAAGCGAUUAUAUUUAUAACAUUCUAGAGUUCUUGACUUCAGAUACUGAAUUAACUUCCCCUGAAAUUACCUCUCUUAUAGAUGGUGUUUAGUCAAAUCUUGUGACAUUUUGUCAAAUGUAAGUGGUUAAAUUUCUCUCGCAAAAUUUAAUGAACACAAAGGGGGAGACUACCCUUUAUCUGCGGACAGCUGUAUUAAGUCUAGCUCUCACCAGCAGCCUACCUAAUAAUGUCUUCUUACAUAUGGCUUUCAAUCUGCUCUCAUUUUUGGGAAGUCUCCCUCAAGUGAAUAUUCCUGGAGUAUGGGGACCAUUUAUUGUCUACUUACAAGAGGCAGCAACAACAGUUAUUUCUGAAUUACUAGUCGAAUCACUUGCUGAAAACCGAAUUCAAGAACAAAUGGAAAACCACGGAUGCAGAAAGAUAAUGUGUAUGUAGGUUAAAGAGCAUUCAUUCGUUUUUAUGCCAGGGAAAGGCCGGAGUACGUCCUUACCAUAACAGCAAGGGAAGGUUGCUGCACAAUACUCCCAAUGAGGACAGUCAUCGGCAUCAGGAAAACCUCAUAGCAUUGAUUAAGAGAUAUCAGUAGAGACAAUCAGUCAGGGAAGCAGGUUCAAGAGCUGCAACAACUCUGAACUGUGAGUCCUCGGACCUUCUUCCUCCUCAAAAACAGCUAACUGUUCACUGCACAUUCCUCAACCUACACUCUUUGUACAAAUGCUUGUGAAUGUUGCAUUUAUGCAUUAUUUCUUGAAUGUUGUAUUUAUGCAUUAUUUCUAUGUGAGAAAUUUUGUCUGCAGAAAUUCACGAUGAAUUUGGUCACGAUGUUCAUAUUUAAUAUAGUUUGGUGAGUUAUUCAAUUUGCAUGUCUAUCUUGUCAAAGCUGUGGUGGUGAUCUUUUGAACGAAAAUGAUCAUAUCGGAUGCUUAUUUAACUCAGUGGAGUGUCAGAUUAGUGGAGAUGAAACAUAGUCCAUCUUGGCAAAGCUGAGGAGCCCUUUAAAAGGCAAUGACCAUCUUUGAAUGCUAAUGGACGAAGAUCAAAUCUCUCCUCUGACUAUUCUUGGCUUGUAAGACUCGUAGAGUUUCAGAUCAGUGGAGAAGAAACAUAUAGGAGUACAACGCUAUACUCUGAUGUUCUGAUAACUUUCUAACAUUUUUAUUACAUUUGAUAUUCUUUGUUGAGUGUGAUAUGAGUAAAGAAACAUGAUAUUAUUAUUAUUAUUAUUAUUAUUAUUAUUAUUAUUAUUGUUAUCAUAAUCAUCAUCAGAUGAUGAUGUAUGUUUUAGGUUCUUUCUAUAUCAGAUCUGGUAAGCCAUGCUAUACAUGUUCUCUAAUAGCAUAGGAAGUGGCAGAAAAGCAUGCGGAUGUACUACCUAUCAUCUGAGGCUGUAAGCCUGUGGAAUAGUCCGCAAAAAUGAGUCUUUUUUUUUGCAACAACAUUGCAUUGACAAUUUCACUGGGGCUUAGGGUUGGAAGGAUUUGAUGGCAUCUUUUUGCAUCAGCGAGGAAGACAUGUGGAAUGGGAGCCGUUCUCAAGCAGAAGAAACAGCUGAGAUGGCAACGCUGGGCUGAGAAACAAAAAUAUUAAUGAGUGGAAAAGACAUUUUGCAGCGUUUUCUCGCGCUAAGCCCCAACUGUUCCUUUCUGGAAAAUGUGACGUAGUUGGACAACUGUGUAAAUACUUAAAAUUUGUUUCACAAACUGAACAACAUUAUUUUUUUCUUAUAUAGAUAUAUUUGACGCACAUUAAUAUGCAACACUUAUUACAUGUUUAUGAAAGUUUAAUUUUGUUUAGUGGUUACGGUGCCAUUGGGUAAUGUGCUCUGUGUUCAACUCAUCAAGAUCAGGGAAAAGAUUGCUACGUUUUUGCCCAAAGGCGGCGCUGCUAGGCGAUGGAGAUUUCGCAUCAAAGAGUCCCAGACGCAGUCUAAACCAUUGGCCAACAAAUUGAAUAUCGGAACAAAAUUUUGGAGAAGUGUAGCAUCUAAACCACUGGCCAACAAAUUUAUGGUCACGAAGUCCAAAACAUUUAAUUUUGGAAAUCGUGUACUUGAAUUCGUUUGUAAUUACGAAGGAGAGUGAAAGGGCCCAAAUAAGAGCAUUUGAUUUGGGGUAACUCUAUUCAAGUCCAAUUGUUUUUACUCUGUACAGUCUCAAGUAGAACUAACAUAGAGUAAAUAUUUAAAUUAGUAAGUGUACAAACUUGCCAUUUUUACUUUAUAAUUCAUAUUUGGGACAAUAUUAUCUAAUCUAGUGUAUUUUUUUUUAUAGAGGUGGAUAAAUGAUGGAAGACUAGAUUGUCGAUGAUGAAGAGAAAGUUGGAAGGAAAAUCCGAGAGCGAGAUGGUGCCAUGUGUUAUAGACUAUGAAGCACGGAUACUUCCCUAGGGUAGCGUAUCGGCGUAUCCGAUACGUUCCCGUAUCCGAUACUCUAGGAUACCCGUACCGUACGUUCCCGGGCCGUAUCUGCAAUUUUUAAAAGUUUCCAUUUUUUUUUGUAAUUUUUUGAAUGUUUUCGAUACUCGUAUCCUGACGGAUACUCGUAUCAACUUUUUAAAAAAAAAAUCCCAAAAUUUACUUAAUAAAAUUCUAAAAAAAAUGAAAAUCUAAAACUACAUUUUACUUGGUAAUCAAAUAAUAGGCCUAUAUGGCUAUAUCCGAAUUAAGUCAUUAACUCAUACUCCGAAUUGAGUACUUG